AUGAAGACACUCGAAUUUUUGCUGCUUGCGCUCACUGAUGCAAGAAUAUUAGGUUUAUACAAUGGAUCAUUGCUAGUAGAAAAAUCUUUCGCUGAAGACUCCCUCUUCAGAAGACGAUUUUAUGUAGAAUUUGAAGAUGAUGCUGAUUUCAAUUUGACUGUAGAUACAACUGAUCCAUUCAAACUAGUCAUUGGAUAUGAGAACUACUUAUUCAACUCAUUUGGGGACGAUUCUUCAGUCUCUGUCAAAGUCGGCAAGCAGGUGGACAAAGGAAUUUCCGAAAUCACAGAAAACUGGAUUGAAAUACAGUUUGAAGACCAAGAAAAGCCGAUUUCCGCUGAAUUGAACGUAGUUACGUCGACUGAAUCACUAUCUGCUCCCCUUUUGUCUGGCUCUCUUUCAAGCUCCGAACAAGAAAGGAACAAAUUGUUCACUGGCUCUUACGGUGCAAAUUUGCGAAACAUUCUCUCAGUCAGUACGUCGGUUAUUAUUCCAGACUUUCCAUCGAACAUUGACUAUGCAACGGUUCGAGAAACCAUUGUCAACUUCUUCAAAAUGGAUGCAGUUAACCAAGUUCAAGUUGUUGAUGUUCGAAACUCUUCGCAUGGAGUUGUUUUCGAUGUCUCCAUUGGAGUCCUUGUCCCCCAAGCAAAAACAUUUCUUCAAGGCUGGAAAGUCUACAUAACUGACUUGUUCCGAAUGCUUCAAGUUGAAAACGGCGUCGAUGCCAGCUUCACUGCUCCGAUUUACAAAGUUGAGGCGCCGAGAGCGAAGAAAGCGUUUAUUGCGAUUGUUACUCUCUGCUCUGCUAUCAUCGUUGGCUUCUUGGUCGCGUUCUUUGUCGUUGGACUCAGAAAGGAGAUGACAAAGAAAGAAAUUCUGGGAGGCUGGUUUCUUAUCAACUUCAGGCCAAGUUUGUUAGUGAUGGCGGAGAUGCUCUUGUGGUGGGGCUACAGCGAGCAACUGAACAUGAUUUAUCCAUCGCGCGACAGCUUUGGGAUUGGAUUCGUCUUCAUCGCUGCUUUUGGGUUCAUCUGUUCAUGUGGUCGAAGCGUCGCGUAUCUGCUGAGGAUAAAUCGAGGGAACAAAGAAUGGACAUUGCCGUGGUCUCAGGGGAAUAUCGCAAAUAUCAUUGGAAUUUUAUUUCACGAUAUUCCUGUUCCUUUUGCCGUCUAUUUCUACUACACGAAGUACUACUCCGUGCUUAGCAGCUUCAAGUUAACAGUGAUGGUUUUUCAAGCUGCACACAUGACGCUUUUCUUGAAAUAUUUCAAAACGCAGAGAGCCGAGAAUGUUGCGAAAAGAAAGGAGGGUACAUUCUCUCUUGGACAUGGCCUGACUUCGCUUUUGUUCUUUUUUGCACUUCUUUCGCAGAUAAUGAUGUUCGCCAGAACCGUCGCCUUACAAACUGGUCGCUUGGCGGUCAUGUCCGGAAGCAAAAUAUCCGCAGUUGUACGAAAAGACUUCACACCUAACUAUCCGAAUUUCGAGGAUGUUAUUGGACGAUCCUGUAUGGACACUUUACUUGAUGAAAAUGGCGCGUUUGUGAAUACUCCAAAGCCCUUUCGAAGCACGUGUUUGAAUGGCAUCGAAACAGGAAUAAUCGUCAUCUUUGGUAUAACACUCUUCAUCGGACUGCUGACCCUUCCUGUCUACGGACAUGCUUACUUCAAGAUGAGAAGAAGCAAGACUUACCAGGAUACUCAACCGAUGGACCAAAGAAAAGACCAAGUCGAAGAAGUCCCAAAGACAACAACUAACUAA